AACCGAGUAUUACCCGAAAUAUUUGAAUCGGGUAGAGUUGGAUAUCCAUUACCCAAUGGAUAUCACAGCGCUCAAACUCUCAUCCUCCACAAACCGAUUCCCAUCAUCCUCAUCCACAAACUCUCACCGAUUCAUCAACCUCCUCACCGCCGCCACCGAAGCUCACGCACCAUCGCCGACCCGAUUCAUCACUUCGAAGCCCAGCUCAUCUUUGCCGCUGCCUUCCUCAGCCCAUUUUAAAUAAAAGCGCUAUUUACCGCUAACUAGAAAACGGCGCGUUUAAGAGGGAAUUUAAACGGUGCGUUUCAUUACCAUCAUAAAAUUUCAUAAUUGGUGAGUUCUUUGUAAAUUGUAUACUGUGGUGGUGAAUGAUUGAGAGUGAGAGGGCUCUGUUUGUUUGAGGGAAAAUUUGUGUGCAUCGAAUUUUCUCGACCAAAACUUUCCGGGAAAAUUUCUCGCAAGCGCGAUUUUCUUCUGUCAUGGUAAUAAGAACCUAAUGGCAGAGCCAAUAGCAGGCAAAGAAGACGAAGAAGAAGAAGAGCGUGAAAUGAUGGAGGAAGUCGAAGAAGAGACGGAGGGUAUGGCGGAGAGAAUGAGGAGGAAGGAGAAGAGGAAGGCGAAGAAGAAGAUGAAGAGGAAGCAGAUGAGGAAGGAAAUGGCGGAGAAGGAGCGAGAGGAAGAGGAAGCGAGGCUGAACGAUCCGGAGGAGCAGAGGAAGCUGAGGAUGAUGGAGGAGGAGGAGAAGGAGAGGAUGGAGAGGGAUAGGAAGGAGUUCGAGGAGCGAGAGAAGGCGUGGAUCGAAGCCAUGGAGAGGAAGAAGAAGGAGGAGGAAGAGGAAGAAGAGGAGGAGCGAAGAAAGAAGGCUCUUGAAGAAGAUUCGAGAAGACAACAACAGGCUGAAAAUGAAAAUGAGCUCAAUGAGGAUGACGAUUGGGAAUAUGUAGAAGGGCCUGCUGAGAUUAUCUGGAAAGGAAACGAGAUCAUUGUCAAGAAGAAAAGGGUCAAGGUUCCAAAGAAGGACGCCAACCAACAAAGAAUAGACAAUGCUGAUAGGCCUACGUCAAACCCUCUUCCUCCACAGUCUGAAGCAUUUGCUGAUUAUAAUAAUGCACCCAAAUUAUCAGCAGAACAGAUCAUUGAAAAUGUUACUCAACAAGUUCCAAAUUUUGGAACCGAACAGGAUAAAGCUCAUUGUCCUUUCCAUUUAAAAACUGGAGCUUGUCGUUUUGGUCAGCGUUGCAGCAGAGUUCAUUUUUACCCUGAUAAAUCAUGCACACUGCUUAUCAGGAACAUGUACAAUGGUCCUGGCCUUGCUUGGGAGCAAGACGAGGGGCUUGAGGUCUGUAAACGCUGCCUUCAUGUGAUUCUUUAUUGGAGCUCUCUGCUGGUAAUGGCCAUUACCUUGCGAGGUUUGAGAAUGCAGGCAACAAUACUUCACACAGAUGAAGAGGUUGAAGGUUGUUAUGAAGAAUUUUAUGAGGAUGUGCAUACAGAGUUUUUGAAGUUUGGGGAAAUUGUAAAUUUUAAGGUGUGCAGAAAUGGUGCAUUCCACUUGCGGGGAAAUGUCUAUGUACAAUAUAAGUCACUGGAUUCAGCUGUUCUUGUUUAUAAUUCUAUUAAUGGUCGGUACUUUGCUGGCAAACAGAUAAGUUGUGAAUUUGUCAAUGUCACCAGAUGGAAAGUUGCCAUUUGUGGGGAGUAUAUGAAGUCAAGGUUCAAGACAUGUUCUCAUGGUACUGCAUGCAAUUUUAUCCAUUGUUUCCGCAAUCCUGGUGGAGACUAUGAAUGGGCUGAUUUUGAUAAACCACCCCCAAGAUAUUGGGUGAGAAAGAUGGCUUCUUUAUUUGGUUAUUCUGAUGAAGUGGGGUACCAGAAAGAGGUGGAGCAAGAAAGUUUGGGUCAGCUGAGGCACUCUAGAAAGAGGUUAACUGAUGUAGACAGUUCCUCAAAUUUCCAUGGCAGGUAUUACUCAAGAUCUAAAUCCAAAGAGAUUGACUACUUGAAUGGUGGUGGUUCUAGUGGAAGAAAUGACAACAAAAAUGAUAUUCAAAAGAGCACACAACGGAGGGGGCGCACGAGUAACGACAGAAAGCAGAUGGAAGUUCUUGAUGAGGAUAUGCAUGGAGAGAAUACGAACUUUAAAGGCAGUUAUUAUAGGAAGAGUAGAAGUCAUGAUACUGAUUCUGAGGGUGAAUGGUCUGACAGGUACAAAGAUAGGUACUAUGGUAGUGCAAGGAAAAGCUCAAGACGCCAGAACAGAGAUGUCAAUCAUAGAACACAUGAAGUUGAAUCUGAGAGGGGCUAUUCAGAUAGGAGUGAAGAUAGAGAAACUCACGACAGUCAUGCUAGGAAAAGCUCAAGACACAGCAGAAAUGCUAAAUUUGUGGAUGAUUGUGAAGGCCAAGAAAAAUUUGGUGGCAAUUGGUCAGAUAGAGAUGGAGACCAGGAAACACAUGAUGCUUACAUGACCAAAAGUUCAAGACACAGGAGAAAAGUGGGACAUCCAGAUGAUCAUAUGGACAGCAAGAACAGAACUCUUGAUACUGAUGGAGAGUGGUCAGAUGGGGAGAGAGACAUAGACAGGCACCAUAGAAAAAGGAGUGAAAGCUCAAGACAUCUGAGGAAAGUAGAACAUUCAGAUUAUCAUAAGGACAGCAAGAACAGAAGUCAUGAUCCUGAAGGAGAGUGGUCAGAUAGGGACACCAACCGAGAUAGACACCAUCAUAAAAAGAGGAAAAGCUCAAGACGUGACCACAAUCGUGGGGGUAGCAAAAACAGGGCUGAUGAUACUAAUCUUAGCUCUGAUUGGUUGGACAGUGAUGGAGAAAAACACAAGAGUCAAACUAGGAAACAUACGAGACACAGGAAUGAAGCAUCGGAUUACUCAGAUCAUGAAGGGGAGCCAGCAAAAAAAUUGAAAGAUAAAUUUCACAGUAGGGAAUCCAGCAUAGAAAAAUCUGGUCUGGAAAGAGGCUCCAUGCAUAGUCACUCAAGAUGGGAUAGCAUAAAUGAGAAUUUGGAAUCAGAUGGGAGUCGUGAGUCCAACAGUUCAGAUCAGUAUGUCCAGAGACACAAAUCACAUGACCUUGAGUCAAACUACAACUCUGAUAAAUAUAUCGACAAGCAGGACCGUUGGGAACCUGAUUAAGUUAGAAUUACGAGAAACUUGUAAGAUAGAUCACAAUUGCUGAGAGUUACUAGUUUGGCACACUGGGUCAAUAUGAUAGAAGGGAUGAAUGAUGAUAAACAUGAUGUCCAGAUAAAUCACAUUUAGCUUUAGUUCUUGAUUUUGCAUAUAAUCUUUCCUGCCUCUACUGUUGACAAUUAGGAUCUAGAUUCAGCAUUAGGUUGAUAGUCUUAGGUUUUAAUGUUGCAUAUAAUUUUCAUGUGAGAUUGCAGUCUCUGUUUCUUAAAUCUUCAAAUAUUCAGGGGGUGUUUGGAUUUCUAGUUUCCAU